AAAAAGUGACUUUGUUUUUUGGUGUUUUUAUUCGCGUUCUUUUGUUUUAAAUAAAGUUACGAAAAACGCGUGCAAAUGCUUAAUUCGGCCAUUCUAAUGAGCGCUGCAGCAACAGCAAUUGGCUCUUAGUCGCAAAGGCACGGCAGGCAGCACAUUGAAAUGGAGGAGGAGCUCUGCUAACAACCCAACCCAAAAAGCAAGCAGCGAGAGGAGAGGAGCGCAGCGACACAACGCAUGAAAAAAACUUUUUUUUUGUGUAGCUGUGGCCGCCGCUUAAAGAAAAUUGUAAACUAUAAAUAAAUAAGAGUUGAAAACGCGUAAAUUUCGACGAAUUUAAUUGAGAUAAAUAAAAUGGAUGCGGAACGUACAAAUGGCCAAGAGACGAAAGUCAUUUAUCACAUCGACGAUGAGACCACCCCCUAUUUGGUGAAAAUACCCAUACCCUCGGCGCAGGUGACACUGAAGGAUUUCAAAAUGGUGCUCAACAAACAGAACAACAAUUAUAAGUAUUUCUUCAAGUCGAUGGACGCGGACUUCGGUGUGGUCAAGGAGGAGAUCGCCGACGAUGCCACAAUAUUGCCUUGCUUCAAUGGACGCGUCGUCUCCUGGCUGGUCUCCGCCGAUGGCACAAAUCAGUCUGAUAAUUGCUCCGAAUUGCCGGCGAGUGAGUGUGAAAUGGUUGGAGGAGGCAUUGUGGGGGGACGAGUUCAGGUGCGUAGCCAGCUUGCGCUUCAGCAGCAACAACAGCAGCAGGCACUCCAGCAACAACAGCAACAGCAGCAACAACAACAGCAGCAGCAACAACAAAAACUAACUGCUGGCCUCAUCAAUUCGGGUGGAUUGUUGACCAAUCAAAUGCUGCAACCGCCACCGCUCACAUAUCAAUCGGCAUCGGUGCUCUCAAGCGAUCUGGACUCGACCAGUCUGUUUGGAACUGAAUCGGAGCUGACGCUGGAUCGCGAUAUGACCGAUUAUAGCAGUGUACAGCGCCUUCAGGUGCGCAAGAAGCCGCAGCGACGCAAAAAGCGAGCACCGAGCAUGUCGCGCACCUCCUCGUACAGCUCCAUAACCGACUCGACCAUGUCUCUGAACAUUAUUACCGUAUCUAUUAACAUGGAGGCGGUAAAUUUUCUGGGCAUCUCCAUAGUGGGGCAAUCAAAUCGUGGUGGCGAUGGCGGCAUCUAUGUGGGCAGCAUCAUGAAGGGCGGCGCCGUUGCCCUCGAUGGACGCAUUGAGCCCGGCGAUAUGAUCCUUCAGGUGAACGAUGUCAACUUUGAAAAUAUGACCAAUGAUGAGGCGGUCCGAGUAUUGCGAGAGGUUGUCCAAAAACCAGGCCCCAUCAAGCUGGUGGUGGCUAAAUGCUGGGAUCCCAAUCCCAAAGGUUAUUUUACCAUACCUCGCACGGAACCGGUGCGUCCCAUAGAUCCGGGCGCUUGGGUGGCACACACACAGGCGCUGACCUCACACGACAGUAUUAUCGCAGAUAUACCGGAGCCCAUUAAGGAGCGCUUGGAUCAAAACAAUCUCGAGGAGAUUGUCAAAGCGAUGACCAAACCGGAUAGUGGACUAGAGAUUAGGGAUCGCAUGUGGCUGAAAAUAACCAUACCGAAUGCAUUUAUUGGAGCCGAUGCCGUCAAUUGGGUGCUAGAGAAUGUCGAGGAUGUGCAGGAUCGACGCGAGGCCCGACGCAUUGUGUCCGCAAUGUUGCGCAACAAUUACAUUAAACAUACCGUCAAUAAAUUGACCUUCUCGGAGCAAUGCUAUUAUGUGGUCAAUGAAGAACGCAAUCCCAAUAUGCGUGGCCAUCCCCAUCCACAUGCGCUCAGUCAUGCGGACACGGAGAGCAUCACGAGCGACAUUGGACCGCUGCCCAAUCCUCCCAUCUAUAUGCCAUACUCGGCCACGUACAAUCCCAGUCAUGGCUAUCAGCCAAUCCAGUACGGCAUCACCGAGCGUCACAUCUCAUCGGGAUCGAGCAGCUCGGAUGUGCUUACCAGCAAGGAUAUAUCGGCAUCGCAGAGCGACAUCACCUCGGUCAUACAUCAGACCAAUCAAUUGACCAUCGCUGCCCAUGGCUCGAACAAAUCCUCUGGAUCCUCGAAUCGUGGAGGAGGCGGCGGUGGCGGCGGAGGCAACAACACCAACGAUCAGGACGUAUCCGUAUUUAAUUACGUAUUGUAGAAAUUUUUUGGCAAUGAAAUUGUGUUUAUUAUUAUGGAUUAUUAUUAAUUAAUCUAAUUAUAAUUAUUCUUUUUAUAUACGAGUAUACAACAACAACAACAACAUAAUAUAUAUUAAUGUAUAAGUCGAUGAUGAGGAGGUGAGGAGAGAAGAGGAAAGUGUCAGUUGCAUACAGUUGCAUGCAUACAUUAGCUCGAAUUGCGUCUGUGGCCAAAAAAUAAAUAAAUAGAAACGAAGGCAAUAUGAACGUAUAAAUCGAUGGAAUGCGAGCCAGUCGAUGAGCAAGAUGAUGAUUUUGAAUAAAGUUCUAAGAAUUUAGUAAUCACAAAAUAAAUAAAUAAAACUGAAAUUAAAAUCAA